AUGAUAAAUUCAUUCGCUAAGUGUGAUAAGGAAAAAAGUUGUUCAUUCAACAAAAUCAAUCAACUCACUGAUGGAUAUAUUGAUAUUGGUGAUGGUACUGAUUGCAUGGAGUUGAAUAAUAAUAAUAAUAAUAACAACAACAACAAUAACCAGAAUAGUAACAACAGCAGUGAUGAUAUGAAAUCUGACACUGAUAAUCAAACUCCGUUUUACUUAGGACAAGAACAACAGCAUGCCCACAAUUUGAAUUCAGCGCCAUUAACUUUUCAAAAACACUCAGAAACUAUGAAUUCUAGUAAACGAAGACGUCGACAUCAGUAUGUACCACAACAUUUGCCUAUAUUUGAAGGAAAUAUGAAGGAUAUAAUUGAUAGACGGAAAAAUAACUCUUAUUCUACGACAGAUUAUUUUAUGAAUCGUCGAGGAAAAACUUGUGAUAAUAUUUUAGACAAUAGUGAAGAGAAGUGUCUAAGAAAUGGUAAAUUUGAUGGAGAAUCGGAUUCUUUUAGUCCUGUUAGUCAAGAUGAUAAUAUAAUCGCAUCAAAUGGUAUUGAAAAGAAAGAUACCACAACUACAAACAACAGAGAGUGUUACUUUUCUGCUUUUUAA